GCUAUUUAUUGAGUUUUUGCUUCUUCGUCUCCCCCACUGAAUCGUUCCCACCACACGACUCACCCAACACCAUUUUCUUCUUCUUUCCUCUUUUGUCUCUUUUUCGAUAUAUCUAGAACUCGAAUCUGUCAGAGAAACACUGAUCAGUGAGUAAUUAAUGUCUUUCAUGACGUCCACCACGGCGGCAGGGCCGCCGUCCGACGAGAGAUUCAAUGCCUACGCUGCCGCUUGCGCCAUCGUAGCUUCCAUGAUUUCCAUCAUCUUUGGAUACGAUACGGGAGUGAUGAGUGGAGCGAUGAUCUUCAUAAAAGAAGACCUCCUAAUCAACGACACACAGGUCCAGGUCCUCGCCGGGAUCCUCAACAUCUGCGCCCUCGUCGGCUCCCUGAUGGCCGGCCGAAUCUCCGACUUAAUCGGCCGCCGCUACACCAUCGUCCUCGCCUCCAUCAUCUUCCUCCUCGGCUCCGUCCUCAUGGGCUGGUCCCCUGACUACGCCGUCCUCAUCACCGGACGCUGCGUGGCCGGCAUCGGCGUCGGUUUCGCCCUUUUGAUCGCCCCCGUCUACUCCGCGGAGGUCUCCUCCGCGAAAUCGCGAGGAUUCCUCACCUCCUUACCCGAGUGGGGGAUCGCGAUCGGAAUCCUCCUCGGAUACAUCUCCAACGUCGCCUGCGCCAAGCUCUCGCUCCGCCUCGGCUGGAGGCUAAUGCUCGGGAUCGCGGCGGUCCCUUCCCUCCUCCUCGCGAUCGGGAUCCUCAAAAUGCCGGAAUCCCCGCGGUGGCUGAUCUCGCAGGGGAAAUUGGGGAAAGCGAAGAGGAUCCUCUUCAAAGUGUCGAACUCCCCUGAAGAGGCAGAGAAGCGGUUCCGAGACAUCAAGAUCGCGGCGGGGAUCGACGAGGAUUGCGAUUCGGAGUUCGCGGAGGUGCCGAAGAAGGAAUCGGGAGGGAAAGGAGUGUGGAAGGACCUUCUGCUGCGGCCCACGCCGGCCGUGAGGAGGAUAUUAGUCUGUGCUGUGGGGAUACAUUUCUUCGAACACGCGGUGGGCAUUGAGGCAGUGGUACUCUACAGCCCGAGGAUUUUCAAAUCGGCCGGCGUCACGGAUAAGCACAAGCUUCUCCUCGCGACGGUCGGCGUCGGCCUCACGAAAUUCACCUUCAUUGUGCUCUCGACUUUCCUGAUGGACCGGGUCGGGCGGCGGAGGCUGCUGCUGACCAGCUUUGCGGGGAUAAUCGGGGCGUUGAGUCUGCUGGGGACGUGUCUUACGAUUGUGGAGAGGCAUCACGGGGAGAAGAUUUUGUGGGCCUUGGGCCUGAGCAUUGCUUCGUGUUAUACGUUUGUGGCAUUUUUCAAUAUUGGGGUGGCACCCGUGACGUGGGUUUACAGCUCGGAGAUUUUUCCGUUGCGGUUGAGGGCGCAGGGGUAUAGUUUGGGAGUGGCGGUGAAUAGGCUGAUGAACGCGAUGAUCUCGAUGACGUUUAUAUCGUUGUACAAGGCGAUUACGAUCGGCGGUGCGUUUUUUCUGUUCGCCGGGGUGUCGUUGGUGGGGUGGAUUUUUGUGUACACUUUGUUUCCGGAGACGAAAGGGAGGUCGUUGGAGGAGAUGGAGGAGCUGUUUGGCGGAGGGAAUAGGAAGAGUGAUGAGCUUGAAGGCCGGGUUUAGGAGAAUUUUUAUACUUUACAUACAUUGUAGUUUCUGUUGUUUUGUUUUUUCUUCACUAUCUCAAAUCAUUUUUAAAUGUAGUGAUGCUAUUGAUAUUGUUUGGUUUGAUUCGGUUCAAAAGGAGGGAUAGUUCAUUUUCAACAGGAAUAUAGAUUUGUAUUUGAA